CUCAAAGUUCGAGAGUGUUCUAACUUCUACCACAUUCUUAGCAUAUAAAUAGCCCCACUUGUUUCCACUCAUCUCAUCCUCAUACACCACUUCAAUCUCUCUCUUCUCAUUCUAUACACACACACAUCAACAACAGCCAGUUUUCUAAAAGGAAAUGGCAAAAGACAUUGAAGUAGCAAGCCAUGAAUACGGUGCAAAAGACUACCAAGACCCCCCACCAGCUGACCUCAUUGACCCAGAGGAGCUCACCAAAUGGUCCUUUUACCGAGCCAUCAUUGCUGAGUUCGUCGCCACCCUCUUGUUCCUUUACAUCACCGUCUUGACUGUCAUCGGCUACAAGUCCCAAACCGACCCCGACCACAGCACUGACCAGUGCGGUGGCGUCGGCAUUCUCGGCAUCGCUUGGGCUUUCGGUGGCAUGAUCUUUGUUCUCGUUUACUGCACUGCCGGUAUCUCUGGUGGACACAUUAACCCUGCGGUCACAUUCGGGCUGUUUUUGGCUAGGAAGGUGACCCUCCCAAGGGCGGUCAUGUAUAUGGUGGCUCAGUGCUUGGGUGCGGUCUGUGGUUGUGGUCUGGUGAAAGCUUUCCAAAAGUCUUACUACACCAAUUAUGGCGGUGGUGCCAAUGAGCUUGCAGAUGGGUACAACAAAGGCACCGGUUUGGGUGCGGAAAUCAUUGGCACAUUCGUCCUAGUCUACACCGUCUUCUCAGCCACUGACCCAAAGAGAAACGCACGUGACUCUCAUGUCCCCGUGUUGGCACCUCUUCCUAUCGGAUUUGCCGUAUUCAUGGUUCACUUGGCCACCAUCCCAAUCACCGGCACUGGAAUCAACCCUGCUCGUAGUUUUGGGGCCGCGGUCAUCUACGGAAAAGAAAAGGCCUGGGAUGAUCAAUGGAUAUUCUGGGUGGGACCGAUGAUCGGAGCGGCGAUAGCGGCUAUCUACCAUCAGUACAUAUUGAGGGCAGGGGCAGUUAAAGCUCUUGGAUCAUUCAGGAGCAACGCCUAAGCAUGAAACUUUGUCAUGUAUUUUCGAAGAAAUUGUACAAAUUGCCUUUGUUUUCUACUUUUAUCCAAGACGCUCUUUCUUAUAUGUAUUUUGGUAUUUAGGGCACUUAUUUUUUUAAUGUGCCCAAUUUGGUCUUGCUUCCUUUUUUUUAUGUCAAUUUGACCUUUCUUGCUUUGUUGUAUUUCUGCCUAAAUAAUAAUAUCAAAGCUAAGAGUUUUCUUGCCGUA